AUGACGAUAUCUAAUUUAAUACGUUUAGCGAAUACCGUGCGGAGUCUCAAUAAGUCUGGUGUCUCACAAAUUGAGAAAUUCUCAUCUUAUGUUAAAUAUGCGGAACACAAACCAUUGGAAAAGAUCAGGAAUAUUGGUAUAUCUGCCCAUAUCGACUCUGGUAAGACUACGCUUACUGAGCGAAUACUGUACUAUACUGGCAGAAUAGAUGCAAUGCAUGAGGUGAAGGGCAAAGACAAUGUUGGUGCAGUCAUGGACUCAAUGGAACUGGAAAGACAGAGAGGCAUCACUAUACAGUCUGCAGCAACAUACACAAUAUGGAGAGAACACAACAUCAAUAUCAUUGAUACACCUGGUCAUGUGGACUUUACAGUUGAAGUAGAAAGAGCAUUGCGUGUUUUGGAUGGGGCUGUUCUAGUUUUGUGUGCUGUUGGUGGGGUUCAGAGUCAGACCUUAACAGUAAAUAGACAAAUGAAGAGAUACAAUGUUCCAUGUUUAGCAUUUAUUAAUAAACUUGAUAGAUUAGCUGCGAAUCCUUACAGAGUUGUAAAACAAAUGCGUUCCAAAAUGAACCAUAAUGCAGCCUUCAUCCAAUUACCUAUAGGUCUAGAGAAAGACUGUGAAGGUAUUCUCGACUUAGUGGAAGAGAGAGCCAUCUAUUUCGAUGGAGACUUUGGUGUAAAAAUUCGUUAUGAUGAGGUGCCCAAAGAUAGAAGGACAGAGGUUCAAGAAAGAAGGCAUGAGCUUAUUGAACAUUUAUCAAAUGUUGAUGAGACUUUGGGAGAACUAUUUCUUGAAGAGAAGACACCCACAGUAGAUGAUAUCAAAAAGGCAAUUCGUCGUGCUACUUUGAAACGUUCCUUUACCCCUGUCCUUGUGGGCACUGCUCUGAAAAACAAAGGAAUACAGCCUUUACUAGAUGCUGUAUUAGAAUACUUGCCUCAUCCUGGCGAAGUGGAGAAUACUGCUUUAAUAAAUGAGGGUAAAGAUGGAGAAGGCGAAACAAUAAUUCUAAAUCCGGCUAGAAGUGAUAAGGAACCAUUUGUAGGUCUUGCAUUUAAGUUAGAAGUGAGCAAAUUUGGACAACUGACAUACUUGAGGUGUUAUCAAGGAAUGUUGAAAAGGGGAGAGAAUAUCUUUAAUGCUAGGACUGGAAAAAAGGUGAAGAUUUCUCGCCUAGUACGCAUGCACUCAAACAAUAUGGAAGAAGUUAAUGAAGUGAUGGCUGGCGAUAUAUUUGCGUUGUUCGGUGUAGAUUGCGCGUCAGGUGACACAUUUGUGAACAAUAGCAAGCUGCAGUUAGCAAUGGAGUCUAUACACGUACCUGAUCCUGUGGUGUCAAUGUCGAUUAAACCAAAGAACAAUAAAGAUAGGGACAAUUUCUCAAAGGCUGUGGCUCGAUUCACCAAAGAAGACCCCACAUUCCAGUUUCGUUAUGACCCUGAUAACAAAGAGACCAUUGCAUCUGGUAUGGGGGAGUUACAUUUAGAAAUAUAUGCUCAGAGAAUGGAGAGGGAAUACAAUUGUCCUGUUGAAUUGGGCAAGCCGAAGGUAGCGUUUAGAGAAACAAUGAUGUCUCCUUGUAAAUUCGACUACUUACACAAGAAGCAGUCCGGUGGUGCUGGCCAGUACGCCAGGGUCACUGGUAUUAUAGAACCGCUGGAAGCGCAUCAAAAUACAGUGUUGGAAUUCGUAGACGAGACUGUCGGUACGAAUGUCCCGAAGCAAUUCAUUCCUGGGGUAGAGAAGGGUUUCUUGGACACAUGCCAGAAGGGUUAUCUGUCGGGCCACAAAGUGUCGGGCGUUAAGUUCCGACUGCAAGACGGUGCACAUCACAUCGUGGACUCCAGCGAACUGGCUUUCUUCUUAGCUGCUAAAGGAGCCGUCAAAGAAGUAUUCGAAGAUGGCGCUUGGCAAAUCUUAGAACCUAUCAUGUUUGUGGAAGUGACGCUCCCUGACGAAUUUCACGGUACGGUGAUUGGCCAAUUGAAUAAAAGAGGCGGUAUUAUCACUGGAACAGAGGGCUCUGAGGGAUGGACCACUAUAUACGCGGAAGUGCCUCUCAAUAACAUGUUUGGAUAUGCUGGUGAACUUAGAUCAAUGACCCAAGGUAAAGGCGAGUUCAGUAUGGAAUACAGUAGAUACUCACCCUGCUUACCCGACGUACAAGAACAGCUGAUCAGGAGAUACCAGGAGGAAAUGGGACUACUCCCUGACAAGAAGAAGACCAAGAACUAA